AUGCACUUCGCCUCUGGGCCGUGCUCGCGUCACCAGAGACCCCAGCGAGAGAAUCGGUACACAGUGCACUACAACGUGGAUGGUCGCGCCGCCUCCUCCAGCACCGCGACGCUGCUGCCGCUUCGCCGCUACAGCCGCGCACGCGACAUCAGCGCGACGCUGACAGCCCCCGUCGUUGAGUACCGCCAGCCACAGUGGACGAUGCCGCUGGGCAAGCUGAUCUGGACACUCUCUUCGGUUCCCAACCCGACGGCCGCGGCAACUGGUGUUGAGCGAAGAAGUGGCGGCAGCAGAAGCGGCGCACCGCACGCGCACUGCAUCCCCUCGCCGUGCCCGGCAGCCUUCACAGCCGCCCGUACUUUAUCGUGUCUCGGCGGUGCGGCCGCAUCCGCAGCUAGGGCCACAGAGACCACGCUGCGCUCCUCUUCCAAGGUCAUGCGACAGCCAUUUACGUCUCCCUACAUGGAGUCAUCGCCUCCCUCGGCAGCAGCAGCGGAUCAGCGGGAUUACGAAGCCGAAGGCAGCCGAGUGCGAGGGGAGCGGCCGGGCGGCGCCACCGCUACCGCAGGGCGGCACUCCUCCGGCAGCUCACCGCCACCACGUUCCGCUACGAGUGACCGACAGUCGCAUCGCAGUCGCGACAUUGCGCAGGUCCGUCCUGGCUGCACGACGCCCAUGGAGCGCGUCCGCUACCGCAGCAGCGUCACGAGGAAGUUGAUUGACCUCUACGACGAGGUAGCGGAGUUAUACGACUGUCGCGAGAACAUGAGGAACCAGGUGACGCAGGCGAUGCGCAUCGACCCUCGCUACUGUAAGGAGAGGCACGGCGAGGUCCGACUCGCCUGCAAGCCCACACUCCAGCAGCAGUCCGCUGUAGAGUCGGUGGAGAACGCACUUGAGGGCUUGCACGACGCUGUGCAUGAGCUGGUCGCGGCCUACCUCACACAGGAGGAGAAACGCCACCUCGGCAUCGACACACAUCUCUUCCAGACCAGCACGGAAAAGGCAAACACCUACCAGUACGCCCCACCCCCGCCGAAGCCGCGGUCGUCGUCGAGCAAUGCCGCACGAAGGGCCCGUCAAAAGACGUCCGCGGCGGCGACGUUUCCACAUCCGUCUACUCGCCACCGUGAGGUGCGCGUGGAAAAGGAGGAGGGUGACGCUCAUGAAAAUACAGCAGCGACCGCGCCGACGCCGGCAGCUCCAACUCUCACCGUCCCUGUCGACACGCCGGCGCCACAGCAGCAGCCGUUGACUAACACGACGACCAACAAGAAGAUCAGCAACAGCGUCUGGGACUCGUCGGCGCCAGCGGCCUCAGCUGCCUUCAGCUCGGCCGCCAUCUCUCUCCCAGCGUCCUCCGUCAAGCUAGCACAGCAGUCUGUGGUUGAACUCUCCCAGCUGGCGGCCCCGCAACAGCCGGUGACGUCGUCGUCACAGCCUCUCUGCUCCUCCAUCGUGCACGUCGCAGCGCCCGAGAAGCACGAAGACGGCUCUGGUACCGCAGCUGAGCAGAAACCUGUGGCGGCUUCCCACACACAAGACACAGAGAUUGCGGAAGGGACCCCGGAGCGCGUCGUGGCGUCGGCCGUGUCCGCGUCGACACUGAGCGUCACGUGGCCCACGGACACAGGGGCGGGGUCAACACUGCAUCUGCCGACCGGGUCGCAGCCCCCGCUUGCAACUGAACGGCUCCUGAAGGUGCCAGUGAGCAGCCCCGAUGCGCUGACUCCGAUCGCCAAGACACCGCCGGCAAUACCCCCGAGGCCCACGUCGGUGCAGGCGCAGGCGCAGGAGCCUGCACUGACUUCCGCCAACCCUACGCCACCGCCGUCGCACCCACCCAGCCAAGAUGCCGUCGCGGCGAGCUGCAACGACGCCUCUGCUGCCAAGGCCUCUGCGUCGCAAGCACGGACAGCGGUCGUGGGGUUCAAGCGCUUCCUGAUCGACUCCGACAGUAACAGCAGCUGCUGA